AUCCGCGGUUUCCACAUUCUAUGGCAUAUGGCUAAGGAUUUGGGUAUCAAUCGUUAUGCGUGCCGAUAUUGUACGUUUGGUCACGAUCGAUCACAGUCUGUGCAAACGCAUGGAAAACGUGAACACGGCAUUGAGGAUUGUGUCGAGGAUCGCAUUGAGGCGAGUGUCUCCAUCUUGAACGUGUAG